CAGAAAAUAUUUAAGCAGCUUUAAAUUGGUGCAUUUUUUCAUAAAGCAGUUUGCAUAGUACUUGAAGCUGCAAAAAUUUUGAAUUUAAAAUUAGAGGUUUUCUUAAAGAUGUAGCUUCAAGCUGGAAUGAUUUCAUAAUCAAAUAAGGACCAGCACAUCAUAAACACAGAAAAAAAUCUAAAUAGAAUUUACACUCUCACACCAACCAAACAGCAGAAAACAAUACAAGUGCAAUUACUGGCUGCUAUGUGAACUGUUAUCUACCAAAUGGUUUUCUUACAGUACUGAGAUUUUUGUCUCCAUACUGCAUGCUUUCAACAAAUGUGGUUUGCAUUUCACCCAGGAAACACAGGAUCUCCUUUUAAUAUCUAUAUAAAAAAAGCUAAGUGUUUGACAUUAAGUUGUCUAUAGUAAAUAGCUGACAGGAAGCAAACUGUUCAAAGUUGGAAACAAAUAAAGAUUUACAACCCUGCAGUGGUAAAAUUCAUAUUAAAUUCUUAAGCUGGAAAUCCACGAGGGAGAAAGGAAGUGUUUUGGUGAAAGGCAAGGUGAUGGAUUGAACUAAGAGAACUUUAAAGUGGGCAAGAACUGUGUGGGAGAUAUGAUUUUUUGAAUGUUUCUUGUAAAGUAGGGCAAACUUGUAAAAUCAGCACUGGGAAAAUGGAAGAUUCCAAGGUGGCCUGAGAGGUCAGGAAAAGAGAAUGAGUGAUGUGCUGUGCUCAGUUAUCUCUUCAAGAAAGAAGAGGGGCUUGAACAAAUGGACGCGGUGAUGAAUACAAUAAGCAGAGACAUAGUUGGAUAUAAAUAUUUAGAAAUCAUGGCAUCCUCUCAGAUGAAAUAAAAAAAUGUGGACAUUAGCUACCAGGAAGCAAAAAUGGCACAGCCUCAACCAGCAGAGGCAGAUAAACACUCAUGGACAUUGACCAUCUGAACUGCAAGAAAACUUUGGGGUGAAGCACAGGCUGAAAUAAUGAAAGUUGAAAAGAGCUUUUUAAGAGAGAGAAUGGUUACAAAAUUAAUAAAGAUUAUUCUUUCAAAGAGGGAAAAGCAAAUGGAAGUUUCAGAACUGGAAAGGCAAUACGAAGAAAGAGAUAAUUUUAAUUAUUUCUGAAAUGUUGAGGCAAGCUGAAAAUAUUAAGAGCACAAUAUUAGAAGAUAACUUUCUCCUUCCUCACAUCUUUUUGGAAAUCAUAUUUGUGUAAAAAGCCACAGAGAAACAAGUCUACUCCCAUGGACACACUGAACUCCAACAUGAAUAGAGUGGAACUAGAUGGUUACAAUAACACAACACAUGAAGUAGAAAUUAUGUUUGACAAAAAUAACAUAAGGCAAUGAACAAUUAAGGAAGGAAAAAGAAGGCUGAGGGAAAAUUUUGUCACAACAACUGAUUUUCUCACUGCUAAAGGUGCAUGAAUCAGCCUCAGGAGCAGCCAGUUUUCUCAGAUAAUUAUCGGUCUUUGAAGAUCAGAGGUGUACCCUCCACAAAGAAUCACCAGGCAACAGCAUUUACCUGCAGAAGGUGCUGAGACACUGAAGAUUAAUUUAGUCAAAUGCAGCAAACUGUGGCUGAUGUGAGGGUCUGAAUAACCCUGUUUCCUGGUAAAAAGCACAGUUUACCUUGGAAACAAGGACCACGCAGAAGUCUGGAAUCUUAUUCUCCAGAAGAAUGUGUUGCUCACAAUGUGUUGUUCAAAAGGAACAAGUUUUUAGAGAAUGUGUUUUCAAAUAGAGAUUUUUCCUGUUUUAGUUAAGGCUGUUAGCAGUGUGAUGACAGAGUGGAAAAAUGAGGUUUUCACUGCAAAAGGCAGAAUUCUGGCAUCACUCUGAAGAAAAGGACCACAACAGGAGAUAAACAGAGCUUGAGAUAAUCAAACCCAGUGAUGAUGAAGGAACAGAAAUUGGAAAGUGUGAUUCACUUGGCAAAGAAACCCUCUUCUCAUAGGCACAGUUUUGCUCAUCACUACUUUGGAUAUGAAACUAUAAGCACAAACAGGGGAUGGUCACAGCACGUGGCUGCCACGGUAAGCACACUGCACAGACAGGAGAGGAUCUUCUCACGAAGCAGAAAAGGUCCAAUUCCAAAUCAACACAAAUGUAGCAAAAUCAAAGGCAAUUCACAGAUGCCACUGGUUGUAGUUUAACCCAGCUGACAACUAAGCAUCAUGCACCCUCUCACUCACUCCUGUCAGUGGGGAGGAGAAACAGAAAGAAAAGGAAUUAGAAGAUGCAAGCACACCUGAUGGAAAAGUAAACAGUGCUGGAGAAGAGAACUUAAAUCUCAGAAUAAAAGAGCUGGAAAAGUCAGAGCAAAACCUGAAAGGUGUUCUAGAGGACUACGUGGAGUCAGAUUCUGUCCUAAGACAUAGGAUGAAAGAGCUGGAGCUGUCACACAAAAAACUUCUUGUGAUGAUUGAUCAGCUCAAUGCGAAGUUGCAGAAGGUUGAAAAUGCCAAUGUACGUGUUAAAGGGAAAUUGCGAGACAUUCAGGAGGAUCUGAUCAACUUGGUUGAAAACCAGAAAAAGUCAGAGAAGAAGCAAAAGGAAAAAUUGUGUUGGCUUCAGGAGCAGCUGAAGACAAAAGAAGAAGAAAUAAAAAGCCAAUCAGAAUAUUUUGAGCACUACAAACAAAGGCAGAGACAACAGACAGCAGUACUGAGAAAGAGGGAAUGUUACCUUCGGGGUGAGGUAUCUAGGCUGGAAAAGAAAGUCCUAGAUCUUAGUUCCCAUGUUGCUCUUUUGACAUCUGAGAUAGAAGAGGGAAUGUUGCAGCAUCUCCAGCAGGUGCUGGAAUCAACAUUCAGUGGGACUCGGGGUUAUAAACACCCUGACAUGGAAGUAGUGAAAUGGAAAACUUGUAUUGAAAAUGUGGAGCAUAAUAUGAAAAGCCACGUUCAGGCAUUUCAGCAAAAUCUGAAGUUCUUAAGGGAAAAAGAGGAGGACAACAGAAGAGAACAGGGAGACCUGUUGACUGAACUGCAGUGCUCUCAGAACAAUGAAGACUUCCUCAGAACGAAAUUGGAAGAAUCUUCCUGUCAUGUCUAUAGUUUGAAAUUAUCUGAAAUCAAACUACAGGAAAAAAUGGAAGAGCUUUUGGAUGAAAACAGAGCUUUAAAAGAUCAAAGUACAGUGAUGUUGAAAAAGAAGAAAGAAAAAGACUCACAACUUGCAAGAUUGGAGAAUGGAGACAACAGUGUUGACCUGGUAUGUCAACUGAAUGGGAAUCUAAUUCAGGAUGAAGUUCAAAAUCUUAAAUGGAGACCAGUCUUGGAUUCACUCAGAAGCAGAGCUACUCAAACUCCAGUUGUGCUGCUACAUGCUGAAGAGUCUGAAACACCAGGAUGUAGUCAUGAUGGACUAAAGCAGAUGGAGGAGCUAACAGAAGAAUCUGUACCAGUCCGGGAAGGCACUUCAGGUGUCUUUGUGAAAGUUGUUGGUCUAGCUGAGGCUGAGCAGGUCACCCUUGGAACAGAGAGGGCAGGUACUCUAGAAGAUAGUUUCACUUUGUUUGGAUGUCCCCCAGUUUAUCAUACAGCAGGACUGCUUUCCCCUUACUCUGAGAAGUUAUCUGAUGAUGAGACAAGUAAGAAAACCAAAGGUGAAGAAACCAUUCUUCUCUUGAAGGAACAAGCUAUAACUCUACCAGCAAAGACAUUCCCUGCUUCUGUGGUUGAAGCCUUGAUGAGGAAGAAGCUCCAACUUACUUGGUUCAAACCUGAAAGCUGCCACUCAUCAGCUGUCACCACUGUGGAGAAAGUGAGGAGUGUGAGUUUCUGUGAGGCAAAUACUAAUCUUUGGUUUGCUGGCCUCUGCAUUGUUACAGAAAGGGGAUUUUGUGACAAAGUUCCUGCACUUCUUCAUGGAAAGUUGCCUUCCACUGUGACUGAAAUUUUCACAGCAUGUCUAGAAAAAUACAACAUGGAAAAACAUUGGGAAAACAAGCAAGUUCUGCCAAAAAGCCUAAUUGAAAAUAGAUGUCUGGAUAAAAUUGUUGAUGAUGAAAAGUAUCACCAAAAAAUCUCUAGAGAGAGAGCUAAAGGACAAGAAAUACAGACUGAGAAAUCCCAGCCACAACUGGUGACCUGCGUUCUUGAAGGAAGUUCUAAAUUUUUACAUAAAAUUGAAUUUAUCAGGCCUGAGAAGCAAGGAAUGGAAGCCAAAGAGAGACUAGGUAGCAUACAGGAUGUCCAAAGUUUGUCUCUUGAUUUUAAAGACUUAAAGAAGUGUUUUGAAGGGAGUCUUGAACUAAUGGAGAAAGAAGAAAACAUCUCAGAGAACUGCAUUUCUGGUGUGAAUAGCAGAUAUAAUGGAGAAGAUAUAAUUGAAAUGGAAGAGAAAGGAGUGCAGGCUCAGAAACCAACUCACCAAACGAACCCUUCCAGUAAUAUUGGUGUGAAAGAAAAGAAAGGCCAGAUCUUGGGACUAUGUGAACCAAAUGAGAAGAAUUUCUCAUGUGAAAAAAUAGCUGCUGAAAACAUGCAAUUUUGGUCAGAUGAAGAGAGGUAUCCACUAAAAUUACUGUUUCCUAUGCAGGAGAGUGUUGUGUGCCUAGGCAAACUAUUCCUGCCAGGGAGCAGUUUUUAUGAGUGUUUCUGUCAUCUGUCACUACUUGAAGCCUGUAAUGAAUGUAAUGUGAAAAUAUCUUUACUGGAAAAAGCAGUGGCUGUGUGUUCUCACAGGAUAUUUCUACUCAUGCAAGAGAAUGAAAACUAUUCCAAAAAAGUCUGUAUAUUAAAACAGGAGAAUGAGAGAUAUGCUCAGAUGACGUGUGCCCUGGAAGAGGAGAUGGAUGCAUAUUUUCAGUACAUUUUAGCAGCAGAUGAAGCUAACGUUGUUUCGUUCCAAAACUUACUUAAUGAGAAAGAGGUUUCUAGUGGAUGUUACAGUAACUUAUCAGGAGAAAACACCAUGACCCCAGGAACGUUUUUGGUUAAAACUUUCUCUAAGAACCUCCCAGGUAUUGAAGAGAAAAAUAGGAAUUCUGAAAAAGACUCAUCGACAAUUGCAUCAAAUAAACUUUCCAGGAGUGUUCUAUCCCUGAAGGGAAGGAAAAUGAGGUAUUUCCAGCUGCUUUCUGACCUAAAAGAAGAAAGAAGCAGAUGCUUCAAAGAAAUAGCUAAAUUAUUACAAGACAAGGAGAACUGUGUAGCAAAAUACAAUGAAUUAAUACAGGAGAGAGAGGAAAAUUUACAAAGAAUAGCUCUUUCAGAGGGUGAAAAAGAAACCUUGUUGGGACAUUUAACAGAGAUAAAGUGUGAGCAAGACAAAUACAAGACCUUGGUUUCAGAACUCCAAGACUGCAAAACCAGCUGUUAUCAAAAAAUUUCUGAUUUACAGGAGGAAAAAUAUGUACUGAAAAGAGAGAUAGACAGAAUCAAGAAAGAAACUUCAGAGCAACUAGAUGAAUUUCAGAAAGCAAAUACCAACUUUAUUUUAGAAAAUAAAAAAUUGAAAGAAUUAGUGUCUUCUUUGGGUUUCACCUAUGAAGAGCUGAGCAAAGAGAAAAGUUUGGGAACAAAGAAAAAGAUAGUAAAACUAAAAGAAGAAAGUCAGCAACAUGGUCUUAAGCCAAAGAAAUUUGAAACAGUGUGUAGUGUAACGCAAACUGAAGAAGAAGGAGUUCUGGUUAUAAAUCCUUCAAACUAUUUCCCUGGGAAGGAGGGCAGCAUGUUUGAAAGCUACAGUACAAUGAAAGAGCAAGUCGAAAAGGCAAAAGAAGAAUUAAAAAUACAGCAAAAGGAAUUAGAAAAAUCAAAAAAAGAGGCUCAGAAGUGGUACAGAGAACUUGGUUUUGCUGAAACAAGGUACGAAGAAAUCAAGACUCGUUUGAUGCAGGUUCUCACAGAAUUAGACCACCUUAAACAAGAAGCUGGGGACAAAAUGCUGGGAAAGCAGCACUGCAAAUUAAUGCCUGAAUACAGCAUGAAAGAUGUCCAGGAAAAAGAGGUGAAUAAAAUAGCCAGUAUGAGAUUACAGCAGCAAGUGCUGACCUUGAAAGCUCAGCUCAGGGACCAGGCUGCAUUAGAAAAUCAGUUUUACAUCCUGCAGAAUGAAGUGGAACUCCUUCAGGCUCAGCUAUGUGAAAAGGAAAAAGAACUUGAGAAGAGAAAGUCUGACGUGAAGUUGACAUUAGCUCCUCUGAAGGCUAAGCUGGCUUGCCUCACCCGAAAGUGCCAAGAAAGGAACAGUUUCAUUAUGAGGAUGCACAGCGAAUUUCACAGGCAUGGAAUUAUUAACUCUACAUUUGAUGAAGAGGUGAAAAACCUGGUGAAUGACAUAACCCUGACAGAGUACACAGCUGCUUUUACACCAAUGUGUGAUCAAGAGUUUCUCUUGCAGAUACUGCCUUCUUCCACAGACAUUUCACAGGCUAAUGGACAGCCAGAGGAUCGCGAGACAGCUGCCAAAGUGAAUGGGAUGACUGGGUCAAUACCUGCAAACUCUCAGCAAGAGGCAGAUAGCACCCACAGUUCUCACAUCACUUCAAAUGUGUGUGCUGGUUCUCCUAUCAAAUUAACAAGCCCAGAGAGGAUCAUAGCCCUGCAUCGAGAACUGAGACAAAACCACUGCAAAACUUACCGGAUACCCACAGUUGUCUCCUCCAACUCAAAUCCACAGGCCGAUCGCAGCUUGCCCAUGAUCCAUAAGGAAGCCCCUUGGCCUCUGCUGUCAAGGAUGAAGGAUGCACUGGUGCCUCUGGAGCAUAGUGUCUUCUGGGCCACGAAGGGGAGGGAUCAGUUGUAGAAACGUGGUGAUGUGUUUUGGGGUCAAAUAGGAAAUCACCAUGCAGGUGCUACUCCCCGGGGAACGAAACAGAAAAAUGCCAUUAUGAAUAAGGCAUGGCUCUCUAGAGAAAAAACAGAUGGCUCAACCUCAGCUACCACAGCAAAAAGCUAUUUGUCAGACGUGUUGUCAGCAAGUAAUAAAGGUCGAAAUCCUGUGGGUAGGAAUCAGCUGGCACAGGAAAGAAUAAAACCUGCAGAAAUAAAACAAGCACCCUGGAAAUCCUCAGUUUCACAAAUUAUUGUCUCAGGUUACUACAGGCCAGGGCAAAGGAAGUAAGAAUGAGAGUCUCCUCUUGUCAACCCUUUAACACUGUGGAUGACUUUGCCAGUUGGAUCAGUCUACAUUAUUUAACAGUGGGAAGAGGCAGCCUGAUGUUUGAUUCAGAGAGAUGAUGAUGAAUUAAGAUGUUGCAAUAUGACUUUCAUUGCAGAAUACAAGGAAAGAAUGUAUCAGUCACACAGAAGAAGCAGUAGAGCUCCCAAGGACUGAUGAAAUGUGCUUUGCCCUGGUGGUGACUGCAGCUGCUACAUUAUGUGAAAAAAUGAGAAGUUGCCCUAAAUUACCAUCUGCGACGUUUUAGCCACCUCCUGUAGUGGAAGCUGGUCAUGUGGGCCAACCCAAUGUGUGGUUUGAGACUGAGUGUCGUUUUGCUUUCUUGGGAUCUCAGCAUUUGCAUUUUAAAGCAAUUACCAAGUUAAGCACAAUCUCUGUGUUCAUGGUCUGCCUGCAUGGGCAUGUAGUAUCUUCAGCCUCGUAUGGCUUUGAGAAUUUCUGAAAGAGCCUUUGAUCUGGGUUGGGAUGUUUAGUAUUUCUGAGGACACAUACUUGAGGGUACAAACUGUUUAGCAAAUGAGACAGAGUGGCAUUUUUACAAGGGUAAGUAGGAAUUGGGAACGUACUUCACAUGCGCUGAGAGGCACUUGGAACAUCAAAGUGCUGUGUCCUAAUACUCUGAGUAUUUCAACCGCAUGAAUAGGCCACACCAAAUUUAACUUUCAGAAAAGGCAUUUGCAGGCAUACAUGCUUUUCCUGAAAUAGGUGUGUUUGUGCACACUGGCUGGUAAUAGCACACAUGGUGCAAACACAUUUUGCAGUCAUGCUGCACACUACAGAUUAUUCACCCAUAACCCCUUACUAUUCAUCUCCGAGUAUCAUUUUUGAAGGCAGGGAGAUGCGGAUACAGGCGCAAGACUUGUGGAUCAGGGGUUGUAUGUGUACAUCCAUCCAUUCUGUAACUAAAGGCACACAGCACUGUUAAGUCAGCGGCAAUACUCAUGCUGACCUGAGCGGCAGCAGCCAUGGGUACUGCUCUCAAACUGCCUCUUAUGUUGUGAUGCAUUUCAGUUUUGAUAACUGUUUUAUGACUUGUAUUUUCAUUUUUUUUUUUUAAUGUUGAGCUAACUGCUAGGAUGUGCUGUCUUCGCAAUGCUUAGUUGCCCAGCAAUUACAGAUAUACUUCAAAAGGAAGCAGGAGAAUAAUAAACCGUGGAAUCCCAAAUCAGAUUAAUGUAAUGUGCAUUUCUAGAUUACGAUUAGUAACAAGAUAACACGGUGUCAUGGUAACACUUGAAGCUUAACUACAAGUUCCUAAAAUAAAGCAAUGACAUAUGUGUAGGUUUCUAUCCAUUUGCAUACUAUCCACCUGAAAACAUACAUCAAUUUUACAACACUCAAGCAAUUAAACCCUACUUUUUCCUUCUGGAUUAAGUGUUGAACUAAAAUAUCAUGCCUCUUUCCUAGUAUUUAUGCAUAAUCUCCCACCAUAAAUUAUAAAUGUUGGUGAAGAAGCUGUCUAUUUUGUAACAUCUUAGGGUUUCUGCCUUUUGGUUUCAUUUUAGAACAAUUAGCAUAAGGAAUGUAGAACACACUUUAUUCUUUGCGGUUUGUACCACGUUCAUGUCCUUGAAAUUCUACCACCUCCUAAUAUGAAAACUGUCUCACUGAUAUUGGAAAAGUCUGUUUAUUAAUUAAAUUGAUAGACUAGUGGGUGCAAUUCAUGUGGCUGAGGGCUGGGAAUUAAAAUCCCAACUUUACCUCAAAUCACUGUAAGAGAGGAGUAAACUUUCAAUGUGAGAUUGCUAGCUAAGAUGGAGAGCCUAGCUAUUAUUUUCUAGUUGCCUUACAGUGAAAAGUGUUGUCUACUUGUUAUAGAGUCUGACUUUCUUUCACUAAGAAGAAGUUAAUUUGUUUAAUAUGCUAUCUAUGGUAAAGGUGCCAGGAUAUGCUUUACAUGUAUUGUCAUUUUGUGUUAAACUUUCACAGAAUGCAAAAUUGGGCACUUUGUUCUGAUUGCUUUAUAUGCACAAUACUGCUUUGACCAAAUUCUUUAGUCAAAAUUAAGAUGCUGCAAAGUUCUUUGUAAGUAAAUAUGAUCUUCUUCUAUCACCUUAAAUAGACAAAAUGGGCAGUGUUACAUGGAAAAUAUUAUUUCUUUGGUAGUUCACUUAUUUAUGUAUACUGUACUGUAUAGACCAUUGGAGGAUAUUGAAAAUAUAGCUUACAGGUUGCUCCUUACACAGCCUUUAAAUCCCAAAUUCUGUUCUUCACACCUCUGUGGAUGGCAAAUGCUGAAAGUAAAAUGAUUGCCUCCGGCAUGAUAAUCAUGUUACAUUCAGAAUAAUACAGUUGCUGGGAAAUAUUUCAUAUACACAGCAGAGUUCCUAGGAUAAACCUCCUGCUAAGGCAUGGCUGAUGUUUGUCCUUGUGGCCUUUUGAAUAGUGGAAAGUCUGAUUUGUGUUUAAUAAAUCUGCCUGUAUUUCUCACAUGCAGAUGAAGGUUUUUAGUAUUUGAAUUUACUGUUGUUGUGGGGUGGAGGGAGGGACAUGUGCAUGCUGGGUUUGCCACUAAUCCUUUGGAAAUCCUUUAGUGCCUUAAGGAGGCAGAGGGGGAACAGACCUUAGGAUUACAGAAACUUGUUCAAACCUCUUUCCUGCUUUAGCAGAAUUGCUUCAAAAUAUAUUGUGCCUUUGGCUCCAAAUAUAGUUGCAUUAGAAAUCAGUAGCCAUGGGAUUAUGGACAGGACUUUUUGCCCCUGUACAAAUGUUAGGAAAGAGAGCAUACUGUUUCUUAUAUAGGAUGUGAAUUAAAAAUGUAGCUAACUUAAAUUCUACUGUUGAGAUCCAUGAAUACUAGGAAAGUUGCAAGUUGCAGUUAAAGCCAGAAAAAAAAAAAAAAGAAAAAAAAAGGAGAAAGUUUAAAUAUACUAGAUGAAAUGCUUGUACCACUGAAGUGACUGGCAAAUUUCCACUUGCUUCCCUGGGACCAAUAUUUCAUGCUUCCUUCUACUUGUCUUAAUAAAUUCUCACAAGUGAUAGAUACAUGGGCAUCAUGCUCUCUUUAACAUUGUUUAUGCACAUAAGGGAAGAAAAGAGAGAUUAGUAGUUGUGGAGACCUGCCUUGAUUUGGAGUUGUUUGGAUCUAUGGUAUAAAUCUCUGUUCACUGUUGUUUCUCUGUGUAACAUAGACUGUUUGCUAUGGGCAUAUGAAUUCCAGUGUGAGAGGUUACUGUGCAGUGCGCACUAACCAGUGCCAAACAACUACAUUUCUCUACUCUCUGAACCUUGGUCUUUUUGAAAAAGAGGGAAAAUGUAGCUAACAGAUGAAAACCACUCCUGUGCCAAAAAAGCUUGCGUGAGGCAAUUCAUGUACUCUCUGAUGGUCCUAAGCAGCUCUUAGGAAAAAUUGAAUAAGCUUUUAGCUCAUGAGUGAAUUUUAUCUUCUAGGAAUUAAGAGCAAUUUGCUAAAAAAAAAAAAAAAAAGAA